AUGUCUACUGGGAAGAAGCGCGAUAUCGCUAACCUCCAGUCGAGUGCUGACGAAGGGGACGAAAUCGAAUCUGGACGAUCAAGCAAGAAGCAUUGUGCCCAGAUCUCCACCGAUGAGGACCCUUCAAGCGCCAUUGUCGCUUUCACGGAGAGCAACAUGAACAUAUUCUCGUUCUUCGCCCUACCACGAGAACUACGAGACAUGAUCUACGACGAAAUGAAAGAAAAGCGAACCACAGAAUUCGACACCAAGACUGCUCUCCGCGCAUCGACUUACGCCUUAGUGCCUCGAAACACAGCCAUCUCUCGCCAAUUCUAUGACGAAGCGAUGGACCGUGUUGAAGAGCUUCCAGAGCUGAGGUUAACCGACACUCACGCCUUUCUCUUCGAUGAUCCCAUUCAGAUUCCUGAAUCUCUGCAUGCCACGACAGUCACAUUGCAACUUGGGGUGAAAGAACUCCCCUUCGACCUAACAGGACACGAGCAAUGGUGUGAUGCAUCCCAUCCUGAUAGCAAACGCCUGCUCCACAUCGAACUCCAAAAAGAAAAAUUCAACAAUACCAACACCAAGGAACGAAGUUGCCAGAGCCAAAUCCACAUCAACGAAAGAACGAAAAUGAAAUCAGCCACCAAGCUCGCGACACUCCUCCUCAUUGCUGGCAUCGAGGGCUUCACCUUCACAGCUCCAGACACAUCAGCACCUCUCAAUCUCUCCGCACCCAGCAUCGAUAUCCGCUGGGACACAGGCGAUCAACCAUACAAUGAAGUAGACAUUCGAUUGAAAGCCGUAACGGAUGGCUCCACUAGCUUCGCAUACACCCUCGCAGAGAACAUCUCAAUUGCCGACGGCAGCUUGACAUGGCGGCCUGCGAACGUGUCGGAAGCUUUGCAGAGCACACAAGUUGAGCUUCCUGAUGGGAAGGAAUUCGCGUUCGAGGCCCUCUUGCACAACACAAACUCUACCGCUGGGGCCGGGAUCGAGUCGGAGAUGUACUCUGUCACGGGUUAUCCAUAUGUCGGAUCAGAGAAGGGAGGAGAGCCAAGGACGUUGUCGGCGACCUCAGCGCAGACGCGUGCGGGAGUGGUAAUGGCUGUGCUGGCGUCGAUAGUUGUUGCUCGUCUGUAG